AUGCGGUAUGAGAAUUGGGAUGUUCUGCUCUUCCCCGAGGGUUGCAGGGUGCCUAUCCAGGAAUUCAAAACGCAAUGCUUCGUGACCAAGGACAUGGACUCCCCUUACCUUCAGAUGUCCGCCGCCACGAGUCCCCCGGCUUACUAUCCCAUCCAUGGUAACAUCGGUCAAAUACCUGUUCUGACGACUUUCGUUCCGAGUCUGCCCAAGGACACUCCCUUCCGUGUGUCUAUUCACAGUUGGGAAAAGCCACGCCCCAGUCGUUUCAUGGAGAAGUUGAUGCAGGCGGAUGACGUGCUGGUGUUUGAGGCCCGUGUCUUGAUCGAUGGACAGCCUGUUGCGCUGACUGUCACUAGGGGCGGUAUCUUUGGUCACAGGUCUCUGUGGCCCUAUGUGAUCGACAUCGCCCGAGACGGCAAUCAAGAUGUCCUUCGCUUCCCUGAUUUUCACCCUGAGAUUUUGGACCAACAGCACUGGGAUGCUGGAGACCCCUUCGGCCGGGUUCAGGUGAUCAUCUCUGAGGGUUUUUCUCGUCCCAUGCGGUCUCCUCCUUUUGAGAGGGUGAAAAACGUCAUCUCUUUGUCUUUCCAGCACGCUCCUUUGCGUGAGUAUGGGCGAUUCAUACUGAAAGAAGCGAGGUUGCUGACGGGACAGACAGACAUUUUGGAGUUUUCCAACCUCGCCUGGCCCAAUGCCAACAUGUGGAACCAGGCCUUGUACGCCGGAUUCAAAUUCGACUCUAUUGGACAGCCAGACACCGAUAAUCCUCAUGGUCACUCUCCUUCCAGACCAGAGCCUCGGCCCUUGCCAGUCGCGACUGGCAGUGAGUCCAGCAGGAGCCAGGGCGGAGCUUACAACGCAUGGGUCUCCAAUCGUGCAUUCCCCAUCCCUGCAUCUCAGUGGAACCGCCAGUCGCAAGACCGUCGAUGGGGAGUCGGAGUCUACCUAGAUCGUAAUCUUGAGCCAUUCACGAAUGAACAAGGUCAUGAUUCGCUGGUCAGCGAUGAGGACUGGCACCACCGCGGUGCACGAUCGUCCCGGGACGAUGUUCCCAUGCCAGACUACUCCAGCAUCGCCAGUAGCCGUGUCAUGUCGAGCGUUACUGGCAUGAGCUAUGAACACAGCAAGCAACCCAGCAUGACCACACCUAUGGAUGAUGAUCAAUACAACGAGUUGAUUCAAGCCCUAACUCCCACCAAGCUGCCCAACACUGGCACUCGGGCUCCUUCCAACACCCCGUCGACUCAGGUUGGAUUAGUUGAUUCCGGAGUCACAGGCGAUGUUCGUCCCCAGGGCAGUACCCGCGCUUCUGCUCUGCGAGAGGUGUCGCAGCCCAGUACCCGAGAUUUGUCUGGAUCGAGCAACCGAUCUCCAUCAGCGGAGCAGAUCAUAACCCCAUCCAAGCUUGGGCUUAGCCCCAGUGGCAAUAUCAAGGGUAAAAAGGAACGGGUCGGUGGAAACUCCAAGGACUCCCCGCGAAAGAGUUCCGGGGCGGUUGCAGUCGUUCCAGUCGAGGAGCCAAAGGAAAACAACAUUCCCCAGGAGAAAGAGGUUGCCAAUAAGGAGAUGUUGUUGGAGCAGAAAAUGACUAUUGAUUUUCUAUGA